GCAGAGGGCAGUAAUGCGCACCUAACGAGUGACAUAAAUCAGACGAAGAAGAAGCGAAGGAGGCAGUUAGCUUGCUAGUGGUAAUACUGCUAUGCUAACAGCAAGAAACUGAUGAGAAACUCAACAUGGCAACGCCGGUGUCUGUGCUCCGCCUCCCCAAAGGACCCGACCCCAACAGCCGUGGAUUUGACCCCAAAUCACCCCGCUUCAUUGCCCUCUGCCGUACGUCUCUUACCACUUCCGCUGCAUCAGAAGCAGACAGCGAGCAGAUGCAGAGAGAGCAGCAUGCACGAUCUGUGCUGCGAGAGCGCUUCCUCCGGUGUCUGCUCGCCAUGACCAACAAGAAGGUUCAGUUUCACAUGCACGAGAAGGUGAAGGUCGAGGCCACGUUUGGGGCAUCAGAUAUUGAUGUGUUGAACUUUCAGGUGUCAGACCUGCAUACUCCCAUCGGGGUGCAGAAAGAGGCUCUGAUCAGGUGUCAGGAUGUCAUAUCAUUCACUUUUGAUGUAUGAGCACCUUGGACUGUUUUCACACUGCUAGAUAGAAUUGUUUGUUUUUUUGACGUGGCUGUUAGACAUGUCUGUAGUUCAUAACACAGACAUUUUAUGAGCUACACAGUUGUGUGUAACUACAUUAAAAAAUCCAACAGUGGCAAGCAGUUCCACAUUUUCAACACAAGAGGGAGGUGUAUGCCUUUCUUAAAAAAUGUCCAUCCCAGAUGUGCUUCUUAAUGUCACUGGAGAGUUGGGCACUCAUGGUUUUGGAGUAUUUACCUAUUGAAUCUGCAGAGAAGUUGAGAAAAUUGAUAAGUCAGUUUAACACUUAUGAUCUCUGUGUUUGUAUUUGUCUGUUUUGCAAUCUGAUUUUGUUUGGAAAAAUUACCAUAACUUUGUUAUGAAGGAUUGUCUUUCUUUAUAAUAAAACAUCAGAAUUAAAGUUUAAGGUUUAGUAAAUAUAAUGUAUUUAUGCAGCUUUAAAACAAA